AUGUUGCUUGAGGCGACUUUGGGAUGGAUCAUUUUGGGCCAGAUCCAGGCCAGUUUCCUGGUCCCAAUGCCCCUGAGUGCACUUGCAGAGCGCACUGAUGCCCUGCAGCUAUCCGACAAUUAUCUUCCAGCUGCUAUGCAGAUUCUGCAACAUUUGUCUGAAAUGUUGCCAUACGAAUUCGAAGGGCCAACAACUACACGAAGACCUAUUUCUGCUGGACAAGUGCCCACUUCAACCUCAAAACCAGUUCCACCCCCAACAAAGCCUCACAAACCAGGAUAUUUCGCACCUGAAAAGCCACCAAAUAAAGAUGACCGAACUAUUCUUCAUUCGACAUCCAAUUUAGAUGCUACAUAUGACGAUAACUAUCUUCAAUAUCUUCCAAAAAUUCAUCGAGAUUUACAUGAACAAAUCAGUGAAACACGAAAUGAUGAAUUUGCUUUUAGCGAUUUUGAAGAAAAUGAAUUUGAUGCUAUAGGAAAUUUCUUAAAGAACUAUGAAGAUUAUGAAGAGCUAGAUGCAGAUCAGGAACGAGAUGCAUCACCUUUCUUGAGAAAGAAAAGAAUACCACCUACGAAGGCUUAUGUGGAAAUGUUGAUGCUGUAUGAUCUUAUGAAAAGGGAUGCGAAGACGCAAAAUCUCCAAAAUUAUGCAGGUUAUUCACAUGAAAUGUUAGAGGAUUUAGCGAUCACAUCACGCGGAACGGCGGCUGAUCAAUUGCGGCAUGUUUUAUCUCGAAUGCUUGAAGGCAAAGGUGCGAAAAGACCCGAUGUUAUAACCAGGUCUAAAACAAUGAUGACAGAUUUGGGUAAUCCAAGCAGUGCCAUUUGCAGAGCAAUUAUGUACUACGAACCUCUACAAUUUUUUAAAUAA